AUUUCUAAGAUUUUGUCAUCAUGGCGAGUCCAAAUAAAGAAAAUCAGCGGCUAAAAUCAUACAAGAAUAAAGCAUUGAAUCCUGAAGAAAUGAGAAGGCGAAGAGAAGAAGAAGGCGUACAACUGAGGAAACAAAAAAGAGAGGAACAACUGUUUAAACGGCGUAAUGUUGAUGUGCCAUCAGAAUUAUCAUCUGUGCUGCAAGAUACAGCUGGAUGUGUAACACAAGAUAUGCUGCAAGCUGUUUACAGUGAAGAUAUAGAACAACAAUUGAAUGCCACACAGAGAUUUAGAAAACUUUUAUCUAGAGAACCAAAUCCACCAAUUGAUGAAGUAAUACAGUGCAGUGUUGUACCUAGGUUUGUUGAAUUCUUACAAAGGCAAGGCAACUGUUCGUUACAGUUUGAAGCAGCCUGGGCACUAACUAACAUUGCAUCAGGAACCACAUUGCAGACAAGAGUAGUAAUAGAGGCUGGAGCAGUACCAAUCUUUAUUCUGUUACUAGGUGCUGAAUAUCAUGAAGAUGUACAAGAACAGGCUGUCUGGGCACUAGGAAACAUAGCUGGUGACAGUCCUGACUGUCGAGAUUACGUACUGGAUUGUGGUAUUCUAGUACCAUUACUUCAACUUCUCACCAAAUCAAACAGAUUGUCCAUGACCAGGAAUGCUGUGUGGGCAUUGUCCAACCUUUGUAGAGGAAAAAAUCCACCGCCCGAUUUCACUAAAGUCUCUCCAUGUCUACCUGUGUUAUCCCGACUUCUCUUUAGUAAUGAUGCUGAUGUGUUAGCAGAUGCAUGCUGGGCACUGUCAUAUUUAUCUGAUGGUCCUAAUGAAAAGAUUCAAGCAGUUAUUGAUAGCGGUGUCUGCAGGAGAUUAGUUGAGCUUCUGAUGGUAAUUCUUAAUUGUGGGGCACUCCCUUGUUUACUGCAUCUGCUGAGUAGCCAUAAAGAAUCAAUCAGGAAAGAAGCCUGCUGGACAAUAUCUAAUAUCACAGCUGGAAAUAGGGCGCAGAUUCAGGCUGUCAUUGACGCCAAUAUAAUACCAGUGUUAAUUGAUAUACUUGGUAAAGCUGAAUUCAAGACUAGGAAAGAAGCUGCAUGGGCUAUAACAAAUGCGCUGUCUGGUGGAACCCCAGAACUUAUUAGGUUUAUAAUCGAUCAAGGUGCUAUACAACCACUGUGUGAUUUAUUGACUGUAAUGGAUGCCAAAAUUGUGCAGGUUGCUUUGAGUGGGCUAGAAAGCAUAUUAAGAUUAGGUGAUCAAGAUGCUAAAGCUAAUGGUGGUGUUAAUCCCUAUGCUGUCAUGGUUGAGGAAUGUUAUGGCCUUGACAAGAUAGAGUUUCUGCAGAGUCAUGAAAACCAAGAUAUAUAUCAGAAAGCAUUUGAUAUAAUCGAACAUUACUUUGGCUCAGAAGAGGAGGAUGCCAAGAUUGCCCCGCAAGUGGACCAGAAUGCAGAGCAGUUCCAAUUUGGUGGUCAGGAAAAUGUUCCUAUGGGUGGAUUCCAGUUUUGAACACUCCUCUAUCCUGCACUGUAUCAGCAACUAAUUAAAACAUCGUUAACACUGGAAAUUGUGAUCAGUGGGAGUAAAAAAAAAAAAAAAUAAUGAUUUUUCACCCUGAAAAAACACCUCAUACUUAUUUACGUUGGUAAAUUUCAUUUUGGAAGAUUACACCCUUUUUUCUUAGAAAAUAACAAAACCAAAGAAAAAAAAAAGUGGA